GUUUGUCUGUUAUGAUGACUUAUGGUUAAUAAAAAAAAAACUGAGCUUUCUCGCUAAUGUGUGAACGGUUCUGUGAUUGUUAUGUUGCAAUGAGGAUUUAGACUAUCUGGUAGGAUCUUGUUUAGUGUAAGUAUUGGUUUGCAGAGGGAGGGAUUGAUGAACAAGGGAGCAGUUGCACUUGAGUCUCUCAGACUGAUUCUGCCUCAGUUCAUGUCUCUGCCUUGAUUUGAAAUCCUUUUUUUUUGGGUUUUGUGGGUAAGCUAGCUUUCGGCAUCUCUGUUUGACAUUAAGGUUUGAAUUCACUUGCUGUAUUGGGGGUAGUUAGUUGUUGUUUGUGAUGAAAAUACUUAUAGUUGGAGUAUAAGAAGAGUCCUUGAGGCGAUUCUUCACAUGUGGCUUGUUUGGAUUUGGUUAUAGUUGUAGUGCAGCUUCUGAACAUGAUGUAUUCAACGAGUGAUGUGUCCGAGACCUUUCUUUGGAUAAGCAAAACCUUCUUUUUCCUUCAAUUCUUCUCUCCCCCUCGUAGUGUUUGGAUUCUUCUUUCAUGUCAUGACUCUUUCUCUUUUGUUCAACUUUUAUACUCAAAAAAGUGACUAGUUACAUCAAUUUCUCUGGAUGUUUAUGGUUUUGGGUUUCAAUGCGGGUUUUGCGGUGUGCAUGCAUACCUUUAUAGUGUACAUUGCAGUCUUAAGUGAUAGGACUACAUUAUGCCCUAAGUUGUUAAAAUGAAAAUGGUGAUGGUCAUAAUUAGAGCCUGUGAGGCUGUGACAUACAUGUCCAAAUAUUAACUGUAUAUAUAAAAUCAACUAAUUUAAAUAAAGACAUCUAAAAGAUCAUUAAUCAAAAUGAGUGAAAUCAAAUCUGAUUGUUAAACUCAGUAAAGUCUAAAUAUAACUCAAUAUAAGACCUGCCCUUUAUCUUUAUCUUUUCAUAUUGCUCUUCACUAGAGUCUAAUGGCCACAUCUUCACCAUCGUUUUGUACAGUUGAUUGGUUACAAUGCAGAUAAGUUUUCGAGGUCUGAUGAAUUUAUGAUUCAUUUCGUGGUGUAUUAGUCCCUAUUGACCUUAUAUUACCGAAAAGAAUGCUAUCACUUAUCUCCUUGGGAAUCGAAUCCCACUACCUUUCCUCUUGAAUAUGAAUGAGUUCGGUUGUAGUGUACUAUCAUCUACUGGUAGCUACAUUAUUAACUCAUUUGCCGACGGUAAUUUACUUACAAAUUAAAACGAAAUAUUGUAUUUUUCAUCUUUAAGAUAUGCUUAAACACACAAAUAUAUUUUUUCAUUAAAAGUAAAAUGCUCUUAUUAAGAGAAAAUCCCACUUUAUUGUAAAAAAGUAAAAAAAAAAAUGAUCAAACAAGUAAAUAAAUGGAAUGAUAUAUAAAUAAGCAAAUAAGAAGUGAUAUGGAAAGUAUUUGUAGGGAGAAAGAAACGUUCGUCGAAUCCUCCUCCUCCUCUUCAUUCCCUUGAUCGCCGUCGUAUGUUCAGCUGCGAGUGAGAUAGAAUGGAGGAAGAGAGGGAUGAAUCGAGGAAAAUCAGGAAGGAGAAGGAGAUGGAGAGGCGGCGUCUAAGGGAUAGAGAGAGAAGACAGUCUAUGAGCCAGGAUGAGAGGGAGAGGCAUUUAGCUCGCCGCCGCAAGAAUUAUCAGCUACGAAGGCAGAGAGCUGAGGUGAGCCGCAUCGGCUCUCAGAUCCAAGAACUCGCCGGAGAAGGGAGCCAGUUAGCAGUGGCCUCACCUAUUCAAUCUGGAGACAGCAGUACUGUCCCGUUGGUUGAUUCUGAUCAGAGUGUGGGAAUAUCAGUGGAGGAGUUCGGUAAACUGGUGGGGACGAUACGGCUUAGCCGUGUGAAGCAUCUGGCGAGGACACUGAGAAAGUGGAGUACUAAUGGUGCAGAAGCUAGCAGCAGUACUGGAGGGACAAACGCAAUGACAAGACGUGCAAUGUCAAGUGGGCUGCGUCUGAGUCGAGUGAAACGACUGGUGAGAUCAAAGGGACAGCAGGAGGGGUUGUUGUCACAACAUUCACCAACAUAAGGACUCAAGCUUCAGUGGAGUUCACAAACUUGAACAAGAGCCUCAUAUGAUAAUGUUAGCGUGUUUGUAAAAGUGAACACAUUAUCUUUUUGGAGACAUCUUUGAAGCUCACCAAUUUUGUUUUACAGUACACAAGGGGGAUACAUUACAUACAUCAUUUUGAUUGUUAACGCAAAAAGUGAAAUUUCGUAACGCAAUUUCAAAGCUUAUUUCAGUGUUGAAUUUUGCAACAAAACAUGUGCCACUAAUAUAUCACAAUGGACUCGACCAAGAAAAAAAAACCACUGGUAGUAGUAAGUAGAAACAAUUUUUGAUUUGGUUGUUUAUAUGUAUCUGCAUGUGAAUUGAUAUAUAAGUUUUCAAAUUUGAGUGAUACAUCAUCAAAUGAAUCCGAUGGUUAAUAUAUUCCAGAACAGCAAUCUGUCUUUUUUUUUUUGAAAAAACAGCAAUCUGUCUUCCCCCAAGGCUUCGAGAUAGAUAUGAUUGUUCACUAGCUAUGCUAUUAAUCCUUACAUAAAGCAAAGUAUGUCUCUGAAACAAUUAGAGCUGAUACAAGAUCGACCAUCAUAAAAAGGUUACUAUACAUAUAUAAUACAUGAAUGUUCAAUUUCUGACUGAGAUUUGUUUAGAACACAUCACAACAAAUGUAUAGGACUGACAUUUAUAAAUCUAACAGUUCUAAAUUCAAAUGAAACAAGGGAACGAAGAGCAUAUGUGGAAAUCAAAGUUUUAAUAGGAUAAGUUUUGGUAAAGAUAAACAGGUUUCAACAAACAUGACUUGUUGCACCAAGUCAUGUUCUUACUUAACAUAAUGGCCACCAUAGAUUCAAAGAAAUUGUUAGGGUCUUUAAAACACACACACGUCAAGCUUUCAUAGCUCAGUUGGUUAGAGCACCCGUUUAGUAAGCGGGAGGUCUUGAGUUCAACUCUCAAUGAAAGCAACUUACUUUUUUUCCCAUUUAUUGGCUGCAUUUUGAAUGGGCCCAUUCUUACCGAGAUUCGUUUCUGUGUCGAUACUCCCACUGAACUGAGCCUUCUCUUUAUUGGAUAAGCUUUUAAUUAGAGUUUUUCUUUUACCAAUCACCCACCGCUUUGAUUUUUAAACCUUUUUUUUUAUGCUUGAUGAGUUUGGGGUGUGGAGAUGACGAUGAGGAUAUAAUGCUCCCUCUUCUGAGUUCAGCUGAAGUAACUUGCUGGCAGAAUCGAACCUAAAAUAUCACUAGCCACCACUGAGUCAUCUCCUUUAUUCCCCUUAUAUAUAUAUAUAUGGAUAUUAUUUAUGGAGCUAUAGCGGUUCUCUUAUGACCUAUGGAAUUUUCCAAAAUGAAAUUCACAUUCUUCAGCUAAACCCAUAAACUAUAACCAAUAAAUUCUUAUCCAUCCAAACCAUAACUUGUGUCUGAACGACGGCAGACUCUAUGACUUUCUCCAUCAUCACAGGAUUCCAUGUAAGACGGUUAGACAGAUUGCUACAAUAUCCAAUUCUGUCAGCUAACUGCAACCUGUUUAGAUCACAAAGAAUCCCGACAAGAUAACAAACCAAUCUAUGAAACAGGAAAACAAGUGAUACUUCAUCUGGAUAUAAGUCCACAUCUUUUUUUCUGAAUAAAAUGUUAAAUUUGAUUCAAAAGAAAAAUAUACUGUUUUACAUCACGUGUAAACUUUGUAUUUAAACAACUUCUAUCUGUGUUUCAAAGAAAAAAAAAAACAACUUCUAUCUAUCACGUGAAGAAAACUUUUUUCGAAUUAAGAUGAAGAGAUAGCUCCUAUCUAUUGUUGGAAACUAUCUUGGUAUCUUCCAACUCUCAGUUCAUUCGUCGACAGGUUGUACAUGGUUGCAGCCGAGCAUGGUUUGUCCCAUGUUUCCGAGCGUUUCUCUCUCUCCAAAUCAUGUAUACAGUGGCCUGAAACACAUAACGAACAAGGAAGAUCUGGGUCUUAGGCGUCGUUUCCUUUGAUACAUAAUCAACUAGUUCUUCCCACUGUGAAGUAUACUCGUCGCCCAGAAUAGUACUUGUUAGCUUGUGCCACACUGCAAAAGAGUAUCCACAUGAAAAGAAAAGAUGUUUCGGGUUUCUUGAUGCUGAGAACAGUGCACACAAGUGGUGUCUAUCCCUGCAUUCCAGUGAGCCAUACGGUCACAUGUUGUUAGACGAUUAAGCAUAGCCAACCAGGUACAAUUAAGCCAACAUCCCUAGUCAUCUCUUGUAUAAUGCUCCAGAGUCUAUAAGAAAAGGAAACCUGAAGUUCAACAAUUAAGUUCAAAACAGUCUUCUCUUCUCUUUGAUUAUGUUUUGUUUUAUGCAAAUAGUCAGAUCACUACUUCACUUCAUAUCUUGUCGGAACAGAGCAACGUGAAUCACUUUCCAUUAUGUUCUAUGUUUUGGUUAGAUCAAUAUAUAAGUUAGCGGCGCAAAUGAACAAAUGUCAAGAUGGCCGAGUUGGUCUAAGGCGCCCGCUUCAGGUGCGGGUCCGAAAGGGCGUGGGUUCAAAUCCCACUCUUGACAAUUUAUCCUUUUUAUUAUAAGCAUGUUAUACUGUACGUUGGAGCUAAAAGUAUUGUUCUGUGGGUUUGAACCAAACAAUAUAAAGAUAUAAAUAUUGAAGAUUAGUAACUUAAUAUAGUGCUUAUUACCAAGAUGAUGAACGUGUUUUUAUUGUAAUAGUGAUGGUUAAUUUAACAGCACUGAACUCAAAUAAUACUUUGUGGAUAAUAGAAAUUCAACGUCUAAUGAUGUUUCAUGUCAUUUGCUCCUCGUGCGAAGACAUUCGUUUUUAAUUUCAACUUGAUUUUUUUAUAGAAUUGACUUGUGUUGUUAAUAUGCCAAUAAUGGGCAGGUCAAACUAUUACAGUUUCUAACUAACACUACACAGAUUGAGGAACAACAGUUAAUUUAACCAAGGGAAAUUGAGAAGAAAACACAACCACAAACAUGACCAUUUUCCAGUGAAUUGUUCUUAUCCCACAUGUGCAGCUAAAGUUAAUCCUUAUUUACUGGAUAUUGACCACUUGUUUACCAUAAACUGUCUCUUUCUAUCUCUAAAUUUAGCAUUUUCAACCUUAGUGUCUUCUCUAUAUAUACCUUAAGACAUGAGCAUUAGUUAUUUUGUUUGAAACACAAACACUCAUCAUCUUUCAGGAGUUUUUUGUAUUAAAACAAGGACUGAGAUUUCGAAGACUCACUGUUAUAUUGACCAGGUAAAUUUCCGCUGCUUUGUAAAUCAUCUGGCUGAUGAUGUAAGUUGAAAAAAUAACUUUUUUUUACUAAUUAUACAAUAAGUAACUAACAUCAGAAAAAUAUCUUGUGCUAAUCUCUUGAAACAGAAAGAAAUCUUGUGAUCCAAUAAUCAAUCCACUGCAAAAUAAAUUGAGUUGAUAACUUUCUAGCAGGGUCAACAAAAUAUUAACUUUUCUUUUCUUUUUUUUUUGUUUGAACACAACAAAAUAUUAACAUUUUCAGAAAAUGUAACGAUAAUCAACGUUUUAAAGAUUCAUCUUUUUCAUUUUUGUCAAGAAUUUCGUGAAAUUCGGACCCAACUGUCCCAACAUUUAUUACACGAGAUACAUAGUCAAAGGGGAUUAGUCUAUGUGGGUCCCACUUAAGAGAAUCUUAUCCAAUUCAUCUCAUCUUCUAUAUCUAUCCUCUCGUCUUACACAACCGUAACAUUAUUCUUUUCUGUGAAUAAUUAACUCUCUAGUGCGACUCGACAAUUUGUUCAAACUUCAAAUGAUGAUUUUCGGUUGACGAUUUUGAUCUUAUAAUAUACUUGAAUGGGAAAGGAACAAAAUAAAAAUCUCAAAAGCUUUAAUGUAUGGAAAAUUCAAGAUUCGAUAUUCGUCUAUAUCUCUCUAUCUUAUUAACAUUUCUAGUAUUGGUCGCAGGCAUAAGAGAAUCUCUUUUUCAUUACAUUGAGAUAAAGCAGAGUUU